UGCCGCUUUUACGCCUUUUCCGGGAAGCCGUAAGCUUGCUUGUCGCUUUCACGUCAAAUGUGACAGCGCUACGAUGGCUACUGUCGGGCAGCUUUCAGAAAAUGAGCGGCCGCGACACCGGCCUUUCUUGAUAGGAGUGAGCGGGGGAACCGCAAGUGGAAAGUCCACUGUGUGUGCUAAAAUUAUGGAGCUACUGGGGCAGAACAAAGUGGACCAUCGUCAGAGGAAGGUAGUCAUUGUUAGUCAGGACAGCUUCUAUCGGGUCCUGACCUCUGACCAGAAAGCCAAGGCGCUCAAGGGCCAGUACAACUUUGACCAUCCAGAUGCUUUUGACAAUGAGUUGAUGUACCAAACUCUCAAGGAUAUUGUGGAAGGGAAGGUGGUAGAGGUUCCAACCUAUGAUUUUGUCACUCAUUCCAGGCUGCAGGAGCGGAUCACAGUGUACCCCGCUGACGUGGUGCUCUUUGAGGGCAUCCUGGUCUUCUACACCCAGAACGUCCGAGACAUGUUCCACAUGAAGCUGUUUGUGGACACGGACUCAGAUGUGAGGCUCUCGCGUAGAGUUCUGCGGGACAUGAAGAGAGGCCGAGACCUGGAGCAGAUCCUCUCUCAGUACACCACGUUCGUCAAGCCUGCUUUUGAGGAAUUCUGCUUGCCGACCAAGAAAUAUGCAGAUGUUAUUAUACCUCGAGGGGUUGACAACAUGGUGGCCAUCAACCUGAUCGUGCAGCACAUCCAGGACAUCCUGAACGGCGACAUCUGCAAAUGGCAGCGUGGGUCCGUCACGGGGCACGGCCGCGGGGUGAAAAGGGCCAUCGCUGAGCAAGGGGACAUCUCCAACGGGGCCGCGGUUCCCGCGGGGAAGCGGCUCCACAUGGAGCCCAGCAGCCGACCCCACUGAGACGCCUCCUGGGGGGUCUCCCCCACAACCCUGACCCAUCCUGCUGAUCCAGUCCUGGCCUGUAUCCCACGCAAGGGGGACGGGGCACUGUGUUGG